AUGGAUUGUUGUUCCUUUUGUUUCCGGUGCUUUGUGAUUAUUUCUCUUAGCGGUAAUAUCCUGAUAAAUAGCAUUGGAUUGCAGAGGAAUAAGCGAUUUCUUAUAUUUCCGCGUCAAGCGCCCACACGUUAUCAAUUCAUUGGAGGCAUUGGAAUUCCAGCCGAUCUCUCGUAUGAAUCUCUCACCACUGGACACGUAUUAAAGGCUGAGUAUUGGCUACCCUAUAAUGCGACAGUUUUUCGUGAAAAUCCAUUUUGGCCAGAGUAUUAUAAUAAAUACAACGACACAUUUCCGAUGUAUGCAUUACAAGGGAGACAAUCAACGCUGCGUUGGAGUUUGUAUUCCUAUGCAGCAAAUCGACUUGACAGCUAUGGCUACAAAGGCAUGGAAUGCGUACUGAAGGCGAUAUGCGAAGCGAGCUCGAUAAGUUUUCGACGGGGUCACAGCAUCUUUGCUGAACUCAUACAUAUUUUUCUGAGCCCCAGUACCUCUGCUGACAAGGCGACGCCGGAGGGGUUGCAUUACAAACAGGCUGAGCAAAUCGGUAGAGAUAACGGCGAUUGCGAUUUUUAUGAUUGUAAAAUCAGUAUAUUGAAUUGGAUAUCAAGUGUGCUCAAGGUCGAGCCGUAAAUGAUAUGAAAAUUUAAUAUAAGUAUAAAGAAAAUAUGUAUUGAAAUAUCUAAAACCAGCUUUAAAAAAUUGGUCUAUUUAAUACUGGUUGAUAUGCUGUCGAGCAGCAUUUAUGUAACAGAAAAGCGAUCAUAUGGUUCUAGGCCAGUGUUUCUGUCAAUCAUGAGAAACGCUUAUGUUGAUGACUUUCGAUAACCCUCAAUGAAUUUUUUUCAACUAUUCAAAAAAAAUUUUUAGAAUUUUUUUAUUGGUCAAAUUGACUUAUAAAUAGGGUAGAUAGAUGGUUAGAAUGCUCGAUCAAAAUAAUUUUCGUGAAACUCUACUGUCGAACAUAGCAAAUAAAAUAUCUAUCAGAAAUUGACUUAUAACGAUU